AUGGCGUCAUAUACAUUCAUGAUCAUUGGAAAGAAUGAUAAUCCUAUAUAUGAGUUGGAGUUUCCACAAUCAUCUCAAAAGAAAGAACCAAACUAUAUAAAUCAAUAUAUAUUACAUAGUUCAUUGGACAUUGUAGAGGAGGUACUGUGGAAGACGAACAACAUGAAUCUAAAGGUGGUCGAUAAGUAUAACAAGUUUAAUAUAUCAUCCUAUGUCACUGCUGGACAUAUCAAGUUUAUGCUACUGCAUGAGAAGAAGGAUGAAGAUGCUAUAAGGAACUUCUUUGUGGAUGUACAUGACUUGUACCUUAAGAUACUACUGAACCCAUUCUAUACAUACAACACACCGAUCACAUCACCAGCAUUCGACGCAAGGGUCAGGAAGCUAGGAGCCAAGUACUUC